CGGCCUGUACUUCAGGCCCCUAGCUGGAGAAGUGAGGCCUGGUGAGAGGUGUCUUAGAGUGGGUGGGGCUUAACUAGGCUGGGGUCAUUAGGGUUGGGAUCUGAGGGGGAAAGCAAGGGGAUAGGAGAUGUGGGGAAUGUGGGUUCUGACAACUUGGUGAUUUAUCUCAGUAGGGCCAGCAAAUUCACAAAGGUCUACCGCCAUCAUGUCCCUGAAACCCGGAGACCCCUGUGGUGGGUUCCAUAAUAGCAAGGUGGUGGCCUUUAUCAGUGAGAAAAUGGCCAGGCAUGCGAAUGGCCCCGAGUUCUACUUGGAGAAUACAGCUUUGUCUUGGGAUGAGGUGGAAGACAAGCUCAGGGCCAUCCUAGAGGAUACCAACUUGCCUGGUGAGGCCAAGGAGGCCUGCACUUGGGGCAGCCUGGCCCUGGCCGUGCGCUUUGCCCAUAGGCAGCAGGAGUUGCACAGGCACAGAGAGCAGUGGCUGCAUGACCUGGCCAAGAUGCACAGGUCGGCCGCACAGGCUUUGGCCUCUGACCUGAAGGAGCUAACGGCACAGCAGGAGUUGGAUCGCAAGGCAGCAGGCUUCAGGCUGUGCCAGGAAGCCGGGUCCUGCACCCUGCCCCAUCCUUCGUUCUACCCGGUGUCCACUCAUGCCCCACCCUUCCCUCUGCCCAAGCUAGGGUCUCACAAGGAGCCACAACAAGAGUGGGAACAGGCAGCAGAAGGGCCAGGCCUAGCUACUGCAGGAGGGACUGUGACACAAGGAACAGCUCCUUCAGCAGCGACGAUCCCAGUUGCAGUUCCACCUCCACCUCCGAUGCCUCCCUCCUUGGGAGCAUUUUAUAACCUGUGGUCUGUUAUGGGGGCCCAGGGAAUAGACCCUCGCAGAGGGAAGGAGGUCUCAGCCCCACCCACACCAGUUCCACCAGCAGCACCGGUCCCAGUGACAGCUUCACCUCAGAUGCCUCUCUCCUUGGGAGCCUCUAUUAACCUGUGGUCCGAUGUGGGGGCCCAGGGACUACUCUCUCACCAAGGGUUGGAGAUCUCAGCCCCAGCAGCUCCAUCCGCAACGGUCCCAGCAGCAGCUCCACCUCAGAUGCCGCCCUCCUUGGGAGCCUCUGUUAACCUGUGGUCUGAUGUGGGGGUUCAAGGAAUAGACCCUUGCAGAGGGAACGAAGUCUCAGCCCCACCCACACCAACUUCAGCAGCAGCAACGGUCCCAGCAGCAGCUCCACCUCAGAUGCCUCCCUCCUCAGGAGCUUUUGAUGGCCUAUCGUCUGAUGUGAGGGCCCAGGGAAUAGACCCUCAAGAAGCGCAGAGAGACCGGAGUGACUCUGAAGCCCAUCAGCAGGGAAGACUUCCAGGGUUUUGCAGUCCUGGUGGUUGGGACAACCCUUCGGGUAAAGCCCUGAAUUUCUCACAGAGGAGAAUUUGCUUUCGCUGUGGGAGGGAAAUCUUGGUACAAAGUUCAUGAAUCCGGGGAUAGUAACUUCUGAAACAUGUUCCAGAAGGAAAUCAAUUUUCUCUUAAGAGUUGGGGAGGGUGCAGGGUGGCAUGGAGGGGUGGUAGGGGGGAGCGGUGUACCAUAGUUUGAACGUGUACCCUAAAAGUUUAUGUAUGGGGGACCAGACAGUAGAGGGAGACUUGUGGCUCUGGGAGACUGACCCACAUGGUAAAUUUUCUGGUUUUUGUCUGUAAACCUCCCUGAGUAUGCCUAGAAAUCCUGUGUCUAUAAUAAGGAGCUGGCUAAAGCUGAAGGUGGACCACAAAGUUAA